UGUCUUAUUAGAGAGACAAGACGAACACAUGACAACAUCCCACACCUAAAGAGGCGUGGAACUGUCAGUGUAAAACACUCAGAUUGCUGCACAGGACUUUUGUUGACUUGUCAACUAGAUACAAAACCACCAUGGUGGACCAGCUAUCGUUUGCACAGGAGAACCAGGAGCGGAUCCAUGCUGUUGAGAGCUCAUUUGGGCCAGCUGGGAAGCCCCUGUCCAAGCCGGGUCGGGUUCUUAUCGGAGAGGGCCGGCUGAGGAAGCAGAGCCGCCGGGGGCCACAGCCUAAAGUCUUCUUCCUCUUCAACGACGUGCUGGUGUACGGCAGCAUCAUACUGAACGGCCAUUGGUACAAAAACCAGCAGAUCAUCCCUCUAGAGAACAUCCAGCUGGAGGACUUAGAAGACAGUAUGAGCAUGAGAAACCAGUGGUUGAUACGCACACCACGCAAGUCCUUCUACGUGUCAGCCGACUCAUACGAGGAGAAGCGAGCCUGGAUCGAACACAUUGAAGACUCCCAGUCCAGACUGCUGCAGAGCAGUGGCUGCAAGCCCGGGUCCUACUUUGCCGUUACCUGGAUCCCCGACCAGGCCUCCGCCGUCUGCAUGCGCUGCUCUGACAAGUUCACCAUGACCCAGCGUCGACACCACUGCCGAAAAUGUGGCUUUUUGGUUUGUGGUUCUUGCUCCAAGAAGCGGGCGGUGAUCAGACAUAUUCACCCGACUAAGCGUGUGAGGGUCUGUGCCACGUGUCACUCGAGUCUUUCGAGGUCGCAGGCAGAGGACCAAGAGGUGUCUCGCCUGAGAGGAAACAGCACCGGGAAGAUAGGCUCGGAUGAAGAUGAAGUGGAGGGGUCCAGUGAAGAAGAGGAGGUAGAGGAGCAAAUGGAGGACCAUGACCCCAGUGGGUGGAUGGACUCCUGGUCCCCCUAUGUCUACCUCAAACCAGAGCAUAUGAGGCCCUAAACAUGAGCAUAUCAAGAGUGCUGCAGUCACACUGAAAUAACUUUUCACUGGACUUUGAGACUUGCUUUAAGACAUGGAUUUGACAAUGCUGAGAGAGCUCUGUGCUGUAGAAGCAACUUAACUCAGUCCCUGUCAUGACUACAAGACAAUAAUAUAGAAAGUAAAACAAUUUUGUACAUACUGUAUUUAUUGAUGUCAACUGUUUGUUUUACCUCAUGCUUUUUGUAGAAACACUACUGCUGUGAAGAAGUCACUUUAUUUCUCUGAUUAUGUCCUGUAUUUAUUGUCAAAGGAUUUUGAGUAGGACACUUGAGGAAGGCUUCAGUCUGCCUUUCUAGAUAUUUAUUGAAGUCUGAUUUCAGUCAUAUGUGUAUAUGGCCGUGUUUGUGUACAUGGAAGGAUUUUGACUUGCAUGUAAUGUCUUUUCAUGAAAAAUAAAGCAGAUACAAAAUAGUUAAAA